GCUCCCGGUCUUGCUGCUGUUCCCGUUCAGUCGAUCUUGUACCGGGGAAAUGAGUCAAAGUGUUGGAUGUUAGCAAGGUCUAUUUACUGUACACAGGUUACUACGGUGCGAAAGUUUAAAGCCUCGCUCCUAGUUUGUGAGUUUUAACGUGUAGUUCAACAUGGUUAUUACGGUGCUCGUGGAUAUUACCAAAUUUGCCGUGAGCACCCCGGCAGUGGUGGGCAUCUGCCUCGGAGGUGUCGUUCUCCUGAUUUCAGUUGCAGCCGUCAGUUGCUUUUGUUAUCGAGGCCAUCAGCAACAAACGAGGAAGAAAAUGCGAUCACCUGGCAGUCACCUCGGAUCAGAGAGCAGGCCAUUGGCUUUUCGUAAGCCGGUGGCCGUCAAAAGCCCCAACAGUCAACAACAAUUGACACAUUCGCAUUCCAUCAGCGGAGGCUCUUCGGCAGCCAUCAGCCAUCACAUGAAGAAAUCGCCAAGCCCAACAGGAGCUAAAACUCCUCCGGGUUCCUGCCCUAUCGGCAAAUCUCCAAGUCCACUUUCAGGAACGACGCCUUCCACCUUGACCCCAACCUACGAAAUGAAUAGCCCGCAGGUGAGUCGAAAGAAUUCGCUGGUGGGUACGACCUGUCGUUCUGGCAACAACGCCAUUCAAGAGGAAAGUGUUCAACAGCAACGCGAGACUGUCAUCCGCUUCCAACUGGAGAAUGAGGUUACGCAUCCAGCCAAAGCAGAAUUAAUCAAAAGCGACUUGGUUCCUUCCGCCUCCGCCCACCAGGACAAUGUCCCCGGAGAAAUUGACGUGAAUAUGGAUGGAUCCUACAGCGAAGGAGGAACCAACAAAUUGGGCCAACUCUAUUUCAAAGUUAGGCACAUUGUGGAAAAGAGCACGCUGAAUAUUACAGUGGUUCGAUGCCAAGGGCUACCAGCUCGUGAUUCCAAUGUCGGUUCCAGCGAUCCUUACGUCAAGCUCCAAUUAUUGCCCGACAAGCAUCACAAGGUCAAGACUCGCGUUCUUCGUCGUACACUCAAUCCCGUUUACGACGAAGACUUUACUUUUUACGGCAUUGGCAAGAACCAACUGCAGAGCCUGACGCUCCAUUUUGUCGUCUUAAGCUUCGAUCGAUACUCUCGUGAUGACGUCAUUGGUGAAGUGUUGCUGCCUGUUAACGAAGCUCUGGAGGAAAUGACAGACACGGUCGAUUGCAAUAACGCUGACAACGGAAACCACUCUGGCGCUCUUCUGUCCCGCGAAAUCGCACCCCGCAGUCACAAGAUGAGGACACAUGGGCGAGGCGAGCUCUUGGUGUCGCUUUGUUAUCAGCCCCAAGCUUCUCGACUGACGGCCGUUGUGUUGAAAGCACGCAAUAUUCCCCGCAUGGACAUGACUGGCCUAGCUGAUCCAUAUGUCAAGAUUUACCUUGUGCAUAAUGGGCAACGAGUGGCCAAGAAGAAAACGCACGUCAAAAAGCGCACUUUGAAUCCGGUUUUCAAUGAAUCGUUUGUCUUUGAUUUGCCGGCUGGCGCCACUUCGCUGGACAGUAUCAGUCUCGAAUUUCUCGUCCUCGACUGGGACCGAGUCACCAAAAACGAAAAUUUUGAACAGGAAAUCGGACGUUUAGAAUUGGGUGGAACCAAAAGCAGCGGAACGGCCUUGCAUCACUGGAAUGAGGUGAUCAAUUCACCUCGCCGUCAGAUCGCUGAAUGGCACAAACUUAAGGACUGAAUCCAUCCAGCCCUUCUGCUGAUAUCAUGCUUAUUUUCCAACUAGUAUUCCGUGGACUCCAGUCAAUUUCCUCGCCAUUGGAAUAUAGGACUCUUCUGAUCUUUUUAAAACUAUACAUAACACCUGAGUUUAAAACAACUCCAUCUAUGUUGCUAUUGUUACAUAAAUUCUAAUUGCAGCUCGUUGUAGACCCGGAAUGCUUUUACGUGAACAAAAUGUUUUCUCCUUACUGUCCACUUGCCUACAAUCACAAUUUGAUUCGCUAAAAAAAAAAAAAAAAUGGCUAUACACUUUCCAUCCACUACUAUAUCAAUUAUAUAGGCGGAAUCUUUUUCUUUUUUCUUUCGUGCUCGGAACGAAAGGUGACGAUGUAUUUAUAGAAGCAAAAGAUUUUACGACUUUUUUCUUGUUUGUCUGCUAUUAUAUUCGACAACGUGAAAACAAACUCAUUGGCUCCUCGAUUUCCUUUUCAUUUGUUUCCGAAAAUAUUGUUGACUAAAUUUUCAUGCGAUGUGACGAAAGAAUGUAAAAUGUGACGAAAUCAAUACACGUCAGUUUAUUGGGCAA